GUUGUUGAUGAUCAUCAACAACACAAAAACAGACAAAUUGACAAUGAUUAUUAUUAUUGGUUUCACCGCAUUGUACUCAUCGUUGUAUUUUUGUCCUAUUUAUUGUCUUGUCUUUGUUAAUUCGACAAAUAAAAAAACAACCACCUUGCAUUUAUCAUUCCUUUGAAGAUAUUUUCUUUCAUUAGUCGAAUGUCAAUGAAUCGAAGAAAAAAAAGGCUAUACAUUAAUGAUGGUGAUGGUAAAAAACAUUCAAAUCCAUCAUCACCGAAUCAAAGAACGACGACGACAACAACAACGAAAUUAUCAUUGACUGAAUGUACAAUAUUUUUGGGAUUAUUAUACUUUAUACAAGGAUUUCCAUAUGGAUUUCAAGAUAAACUGAUACCAUUAUUAUUAAUAAUCAAAGGCCAUUCACCAUCGACAAUUGGUUUCAUACGGUUAUUAUUAUUACCAUGGCUAAUGAAACCAUUGUUUGCACCAUUGAUCGAUAUGACAUUGACCACGACCAAAUGGAUUACAGUGAGUUUAUUGGGUUUAAUUAUCAUUUCAUCAUAUAAUACAAUAUGGCCCGAUACAACGGUCAAUGAUGAUAGUAUCGAUGAAAUUACUUGGCAAUUUAUUGCAGCAUUAUUUUUAUUGAAUUUUUUUUCUGCAUUUCAGGAUAUUGCUGUCGAUGCUAUAGCCGUUACAAUCUAUUCAAAUCAUCGCGGCAUAAUGGCUGGUAAUGCUGGCCAAAUUGUUGGCUAUAAAUUAGGUGCAUUUUUCGGUAGCGGUAUUCUAUUCUGGAUAUAUAACAUAUUCAAUUGGAAUGGAUUAUUCGCUACGCUUACAAUGAUUUAUUCGAUUGUACUAUUUAUAUUUCAUAAAUAUUCAAAAAAUUUAUCAAUAAUCGAUAAUAAUAAUAUCAAUCAAAAUGAUCAAUUGACAACAACAACGAUGAAUCCAUUGCAGUCAAAACAACAACAAAAAUCGCCAACAAAAUUUCGAUAUCGAUUCAAUGAAUCAUCAUCAAAUGAUCGGCUACAAUCUUCUGAAAGACUCAAUCAUGACAAUUGUCAACAAUAUCAAAUGCCACAAAUAACCACAUUGAUUAGGGUCUAUAUAUUUAUAUUUGUCUAUAAAUUAGGUGAAUCUGGAUCGAUGACAAUAUAUCCAAUAUUUUUUGCAAAAUUUAUUGGUAUAUCAAGUCAAUCAUUAGCAUUUUGGAAUGGUACGAUCGGUAUAUUAUGUUCUAUAUUUGGAUCAUUGUUGGCAUCAAAAUUAUCCAUAUCAUUGCUAAAUAAAUUGAUCAAAUUACGGUUAUUGCCCUUAUGUUUAAAAUUGAUUAUAAUUAUUAUUGUUACUAUUAAUCAUAAUCAUGGUUUUAUCGAAUUUUCAACAUCAUCAUCUUCAUUAUUUUAUUAUAUAAGCAUUAUAUCAUUGUUAAUGAUACAUUUUAUCGGUGGCAUAAUCACAACCAUGACCUUCACCUUGAUGAUGAUGACUUGUCAACAACAACAAAUGUCACGAAAAUCAUUACGUGUAACACAAUAUACAAUAAUGUCAACAAUUGAAGUAUUUGGUAAACUUUUAUUAUCAUCAUUAUCCGGUUUGAUUGUCGAUACUAUUGGUUUUAUUGGCGCACAAUUCAUAUUCAUCAUUUUGGCUAUUCUACCAUGUACAGUUCUAUCAUCAUCAUUGUCAUUAUGAUGAAACAUUAU